AUGGCUACUCCUUCGAGCGAUGCCGGCUUCAUGAUGUCGGAUGCCCCCUCCCGGGCUCCUGCCACCUCCAGACGCAAUUAUGGCUUCCCCUCGUCUUCUGCAUCGCGCCCACGAGGUCCUCCUUCGGAGAGUAUGGGAGGCGCACCCAGUGAUGAUGAGGGUGAUCAAUUUGCAGACGAUCAGGUUCCUAGGAGUUCAAGGAUUAACAAUACUGCUGAGAUUAGCCGUGUCGAGGACAGAAUUGGCCUGCUGGUUCAGGAGCACUUCGAGUCCUUCAUCGAGAACUUUCAAGAGGAUCCCAUCAGCGCUCCUACACCGAGUGCCCCUACACCCAGCGCAGUCACUACUGACAAACACUACGUUGCCAUGAUCAAGGGCAUGCGCAUCAACUCCCUCUCAACCUUCUACGUUGACUAUAGACAUCUGGCUUCAUAUGAAAAUGGCAGUUUGGCAGACGGUGUGAUGCGACAGUACUAUCGAUUCUUACCCUUCCUCACCGCUGCUUUACACAACAUGAUCGCCAAAUACGAACCUCUAUACUUCCGUGAGCAUCGCCAGCCUACCGCUUCGAGCAACCUCACAACCUCUGCAGCCAGUCAUCUGGGCUCCGCCGACCAAACUGAGUCGUCUCACCGAAAGAACGAGCAUCAGCAAACCGAUAAGCUCUUCUCAAUUGCUUUCUACAAUUUACCCCUAGUGUCAAGAGUCCGUGCUCUUCGAGCUACCAACAUUGGCCAACUCCUUUCCAUCUCUGGAACCGUCACCCGAACAUCAGAAGUCCGACCCGAGUUGUCUUUGGCCACUUUCACCUGCGAGGCCUGUCGCACAGUCGUGCCCAACGUUGAGCAGACUUUCCGAUACACUGAACCUACACAAUGUCCCAAUUCGACAUGUCAAAACCGCAUGGCCUGGGCGCUCGAUAUCCGACGUAGUACUUUUGUCGAUUGGCAAAAGGUGCGAAUUCAGGAGAACAGCUCCGAAAUUCCCACAGGUAGCAUGCCUCGAACCAUGGACGUUAUUCUGCGAGGUGAAAUUGUCGAUCGCGCCAAGGCCGGAGAGAAGUGUAUCUUUACAGGUGCCUUGAUCGUCGUCCCCGAUGUCAGCCAACUCGGUCUUCCUGGUACACGACCAACUGCCAUGCGCGAUGAUCGCAAUGCGCCUCGAGGAGCGGACGCUGGUGGAAGUGGAGUCAGUGGUCUCAAGGCACUUGGUGUUCGUGACUUGACAUAUCGCCUUGCUUUCCUUGCCUGCAUGGUCAAUCCAGACACAUCUUCAACUGGCCAGUCUGCCACCAGCGGUGCUGCCGAUAUAGUCAACUCGUUGGUACAGAACUCCGCCAACGAUGGUGAGCAAUCUGUAGAAGAAGCCCAGGCUGCUGUUCUGGCAUCCAUGAACCCAUCUGAAAUCGAGGACCUUCGAGCUAUGGUGCACGGCGAUCACAUCUAUUCGAGGCUCGUGCAAUCCAUUGCCCCCAUGGUCUAUGGGCACGAGGUUGUGAAGAAGGGUCUACUCCUUCAACUAAUGUCCGGUGUUCACAAGAGUACUGCUGAGGGCAUGCAGCUUCGAGGCGACAUCAACAUUUGCAUUGUCGGUGAUCCGUCCACUUCCAAGUCUCAGUUUUUGAAGUAUAUCUGCUCCUUUGCGCCUCGUGCUGUUUACACCAGUGGUAAGGCUUCAUCUGCCGCCGGUCUCACGGCAGCGGUUGUCAAGGACGAGGAGACAGGAGAGUUCACCAUUGAGGCUGGUGCUCUGAUGUUGGCAGACAACGGUGUUUGUGCCAUUGACGAGUUUGACAAGAUGGACAUUGCCGAUCAGGUUGCUAUUCACGAAGCUAUGGAACAGCAGACUAUCUCCAUCGCCAAGGCUGGUAUCCAAGCCACGCUCAACGCUCGAACAAGUAUUCUCGCUGCUGCCAACCCCGUUGGAGGUCGUUACAACCGCAAGACAACUCUUCGUUCCAACAUCAACAUGUCCGCUCCUAUCAUGUCUCGUUUCGAUCUUUUCUUCGUCGUUCUCGAUGAGUGCAACGAGCAGAUCGACCGUCACUUGGCAGAGCAUAUCGUCGGCAUUCACCAACUUCGUGACGAGGCUGUCGAGCCUGAGUUCAGCACUGAACAGCUUCAGCGGUAUAUCCGUUUCGCCAGGACCUUCCGCCCCGAAUUCACUGAGGCUGCCAAGGAGGUCCUCGUGGAGAAAUACAAGGAAAUCCGAGCUGAUGAUGCUCAGGGAGGCGUUGGCAAGAACUCUUACCGAAUUACCGUGCGUCAACUGGAGAGUAUGAUCCGUCUUUCAGAAGCCAUCGCCAAGGUCAACUGUGUUGAGGAGAUCAGCACUGAAAUGGUUGUGGAGGCCUAUAAUCUUCUGCGCCAGAGUAUCAUCUCCGUCGAACACGAUGAUGUUGAAGUUUACGAUGAAGAGCCUGUCGAAGACUCUGAAACGCUGCUCCGCGCCGCAAGUGCCGCUCAUGGCGAGGAUCUCGAGGGCGAUGCCUCCAUGGCGGAGGACGACCAGCCUGGCCGCAGCAGCGUCGCUCCUGAAAGGAAGAAGCAAACCAUCACCUACGAUAACUACAUCAAGAUGGUUAACCUGUUCGUUCAGCGUAUCAACGAGGACGAGGCCACUAUUGCCGAGGGCGUCGAGGGCGAGGAGCUGAUCAACUGGUACCUCGAGCAGAAGGAGGAUGAACUUGAGGGCGAGGAAGACUACCAUCGUGAAAAGGCCCUGGCCAACAUGGUACUCAAGAAGAUGGUCAAGGAAAAUAUUCUCAUGGCUCUACGAGGCGAGGGUCUUACAGAUGGCGAAGCAAGCUCUUCAACAGCUGGCCAAGUCGUCUACGUUCUACAUCCCAACUGUGCCCUGGAGGAAGUCUAG